ACAACCCAUCAUGGAUUUUAUAUGUAUGAUUUUUUUGACAGAGUGCUUCUGAAAUAUAGGGUACUGAGUACAUUGCAAUGACUCAUCUUCUGUUACUUUCUGCAGGACCGUAAAUUAACAAAGGUUGAGAGGCAGAGAUUUAAAGAGGAGGCAGAAAUGCUGAAAGGUUUGCAACAUCCAAACAUUGUGCGGUUUUACGACUUCUGGGAAUCCUGCCUGAAGGGGAAGAAGUGCAUUGUCUUGGUGACCGAGCUCAUGACAUCAGGGACACUGAAAACAUACUUGAAAAGAUUUAAGGUCAUGAAGCCAAAGGUUUUGCGCAGCUGGUGUCGGCAGAUUCUCAAAGGCCUGCACUUUCUUCAUACGCGAACUCCUCCAAUAAUUCAUCGGGACUUAAAAUGUGAUAACAUUUUUAUUACAGGGCCAACUGGCUCUGUGAAGAUUGGAGAUCUGGGCCUUGCUACCUUGAAACGAGCCUCUUUUGCUAAAAGUGUUAUA